AUGAACGCCCAAGAUAGGUUCAUGGCCGAUAAUGAGCGCGAUGCCUCACCUGACAGAUUCGGUCCCAUUGAACGCCAUGAAUCCCACGAAUCACCUGUAGCAACAAGACGACGCUCUUCUGUAUCAUCACAAUCUGGACACUCGGUUAGGAUGCAAGAGAUGGGUAGAAGCAUCUCCAGGGUUGAGACACAACACGAGAAUGAGGCAGAUCUUGAAAGGCAUCCCACAGCAUUGAGCAGAAUCCAGACUGGCAGAAGUCAGCACAGCGCCACUGUUGGAGCAAGCGGCACAGAGGGCUCAGGAUUUGGUGUCUUCCGCACAAGAUCGUCCAAGGCAAGCAAACCCUUGCCUGCUUUUGGUGGUGGCAAGCCUUAUCCUCCCCCUCUGCCAGAAAGAGAAGAAUAUGUAGUAGAAUUUGAUGGUCCCAAUGAUCCAAUGCAUGCUCAGAACUGGCCUUUCAAGAAGAAGCUUCCUGUCGCUGCUUCGCUAGGCUUUGUUACUUUGACUGCUGCAUUUGGCUCAUCCAUCUUCUCCUCUGCUACCGGUGCUGUCGCUCUCGAAUACGGUGUCUCAAGAGAAGUUGGUAUUCUUGGUAUCUCGCUUUACGUUCUCGGAUUUGCUACUGGCCCUAUUCUUUGGGCCCCCAUGUCAGAACUCUACGGUCGCCGCGUUCCUCUUCUCAUCGCUUCGUUUGGUUUCUCAAUCUUCUCUAUCGCUGUAGCUGUUGGAAAGGAUCUUCAGACCAUCCUCAUCUGCAGAUUCUUCGGUGGCUUCAUGGGUGCCUGUCCGCUUACCGUCGUUGGAGCUGUAUUUGCCGACAUGUUCAACAACGCUCAAAGAGGUGUCGCCGUUACUGUCUUCAGUAUUGCCGUCUUUUCUGGACCUCUACUCGCACCGUUCAUCGGAGGCUUCAUCACGACUUCAUACCUCGGCUGGCGCUGGUGCGAAUAUAUCACCGCCAUUAUGGGCUUCACUGGACUUGCUCUCCUGCUCUUCCUCCUCGAAGAGACAUAUCCACCUGUGAUUCUUGUCAACAAGGCUGCUGAGCUUAGGCGCAGAACCAAGAACUGGGGUAUUCACGCAAAGCAGGAAGAAAUUGAAAUCAAUCUCCGCGAGCUGGUUGAGAAAAACUUGGGCAGACCCAUGCGCAUGCUUUUCACAGAGCCAAUUGUGCUGCUAUUGUCAAUCUACAUGGCGUUUGUAUACGGUCUGCUUUAUCUGUUCCUGACUUUCUACCCAAUCGUUUUCCAACGAGUCCACGGAAUGUCUCCUGGUGUCGGUGGAUUGCCAUACUUCGGUAUGAUCUUGGGUGAAUUCUUCGCUGGUCUCUACAUCGUUAUCGACGUGCCAUCAUACAACCGCAAGCUGAAGGCGAACAACAACAUCCCUAUUCCGGAGUGGCGUCUUCCUCCAGUCAUCAUUGGUGGUGUACUCUUUGGCAUUGGUUUGCUAUGGUUCGGUUGGACUGGUUACCGUGAGGAUAUCCCCUGGAUUGCUCCUACUCUAAGUGGACUGUUUACUGGAUUCGGCAUCAUGUCCAUCUUCCUCCAGUGUCUCAAUUAUUUGAUCGACAGCUACUUGAUGUUCGCUGCUUCCGCCAUCGCUGCCAACACAUUUUUGCGUUCGCUCUGCGGCGCAGGAUUCCCUCUAUUCGCUACCUACAUGAUCGACGGUAUGGGCAUUCAGUGGGCAGGUACUUUGCUGGGCUGCUUUGCCUUCUUACUCGUCCCUCUGCCCAUUCUCUUCUACCUGAAAGGCGCUCAGAUCAGAGGCAAGAGUAAUUUUGCACCUACUUUCCCUAUUGCCAACAAGGCAUCAGCCAACCCAGAUGAUGAGCCCGUCUCUUCUGGUAAUAGCAUUUCCGAUGCUCCGAAAGACGUUGAGAAACAAGCAUAA